AUGGAGAAAAAAACAUUCUGCCUUGCAGAGGGACUGCGGUUUUCAUUCAGUGAUGAUAGUGAUGGUUCAAAAGCAAUCUUUCAAAACCCAAUGAUCUCACGUCACGUCGGAGGCGUGGACCUGGCACCAGCCUUUGGACUUUUCGCGUUCCUGUUGAGUUUCGUCCCCGAGGUGGGGGCCAUCGUAGCCCUGAUUCUGCCAGCGCCGGUCAUACUCUUCGAUAGUCGACUGGAAUCUCCUGGGAUGACCCUCUUUGUUGCAACCUUGGCGCAACUUGGGCUGAAGUUUGUCUUCGCCAAUGUAGUCGAGGUGAAACUGGUUGAAGCAGAUCAGCUAAUGAAGAUGCACCCCGUUGUCAUCCUCAUGGCAGUGACCUUCUUCGGGUUCAUUUGGGGUCCCACGGGCAUGUUGCUGGCAGUGCCUUUGGUGGCAUACUUCAAGGCCGGGCUGCUGUCGGUUCCUGCUUGUUACCGAGACCCAGUGUUGGUGCUGUUGGAGGGCGACCGCCUGGCACCUGUGAACUAUUCGCGGAAGAUGCCAGGCCUCACUACUGGCAUCGAGAUGGUGUCACGAGAAGGCUGUGCAGAGGGUGGAGAAGAGGUGUCACAGAGGUAG